CAAUUCAGCCUCCCACCUCUUCGUACCAAUUUUUUUAACCUCUGUCUUACUUUUGGAUCAGUUCAAGCUGAAUAUUCAAGUAAUCAAGACAUUUUAGUGGACUUACAAAAAUGGGUUCCUUCUCAAACGUUCUAGUUUUCGGUUUAAUUGUGACUGUAGUUUUGGCUAUAAAGAUAGUUAAGGAAGAAGAACAAGACUUCUCAAAGAUUCCAGGACAACCUUGGCAAGACUAUCCCAUUUAUCAUGAAGUUCCAGAAACUAGCUUCGAUUGCCACAACGUCCCUUUCCACCCAGGCAUGUAUGCGAAUGUAGAAACUGGUUGUCAGGCAUAUCAUGUUUGUCACGAUGGUAGAGAGGGCCAUCAAGGUUCAAAGUUCUUGUGUACGAACGGCACGGUUUUCAAUCAAAAAAUCUUUGCUUGUGAUUGGUGGUACAAUGUCGAUUGUAGUGAGGCUAUUAAUUACUAUAAAUUGAAUCUUGAUCCUGAGCUUAAUCCAUACACUGAACAACAACCAACGAGUCAACUCGCUCAUCCAUCAGUAAUCAAUACGCAAUAUUUUGAGCAUCAAUUUCCAGCAGAGCUAGUCAAGUCAGCAAAAUUCUAUAGCAAUCCAAAAACUGCUUCUCGUUUAGCUCAAGAAAGUUGGUUCACUGAUAAGGAAAGUCCAGUUUUUGACAGAGAAGCUGAGAAGAUUGAAAGACACGAAAUCUCAAAAAUCUUUGUCAAUGCCGGUUUACACAGAAGAAGAAGACAAGCCUGAAGCUAUUAAAAAAAUAUUUGAGAUAACUUCCUAAUAAGUGUGAUAAUGUUUGUUUGUGACUGAAUAAGAAGAAAUAUGAAAUAAUAAAAUAAAAAUGUUUAUGAUUAUUUAA